GCCAUAUUCUUAACGUCAUACGUAUUUCUGUUAGAGAAGCAGCACGAAAUCAGAAUACUGAUGUACUCAUAGGAUUACCAGCCGAUGUUGUUGCAAGAAAUCUGACAUUAAAUAAGGUUCCAUUUUGGCAAUACAAUAUGUGCAUACAAAAUCAAAUGUAA